GCAUAUGCUCGUUCUGAGACCAGGGAACCUGCAUUAUGUGCCCAAGGAUGAGGACGGAGACGGCCUCAUAGACACAUUGAUAGAGCCCGAUCAAAUGCGGGGCAUUUCGCAGGUGAAGUCCGACCGGCCCUGUGAGGGAACCGAUCCGUUCCUCUGCUUCAUGGAAGGCACGGACUUGGUGAAGCUUGAGAUGGUGCCGCUGCCAAGUCGACACGUCACGGGUUCCUGGUUCGGCCCCGACUUCCUCCUGCGCGGAAAGGAGGACGAGGACCUUACCGAUCCGAGCGAGUUUCCCUUCGUGGUGCGAUUCCUCGGGCUCUU